AAAGAAAGGAUGAUAAAGGCUUGAGAUGAGUUGAGGUUGGAUUAUAUGGUAGAAUAUUUUCAUUACCAAGUUACCAACCAAUUCAAACUUUCCAACUCUGAUAGAAAUCCCAACCUCCCGCUACAUUUUUGAACUUCAUUAAAACUCCAAAGCUUCCCUCACAAGCUCUGGUUUGCCCCCAAAUUUCAAAUUCCGUAUUCAAGUCUAAAAACGUAAUUUCACUCUCCAAAUAAGCCCAUAACCACACAAAAACUAUCCACGUCCCAGGAUUCAAUCCGAAUUCCCAAAAUUACCCCUAACCCUAAAUUUUUUUAAAUCUCUCCGCCUCCCUCUCGCAAUUUCUUCUAUAAAAACCAAACAAUCCUUACCGUAGAGAACCAGAUUCAGGCGACUCCAUUUCCAUAUUUAAAUUUGUAAAUUACCGAAAUGCCUUCGAUCCCUGAAGAGCCACUUCUUGCUUCAAACCCCGACCGAUUUUGUAUGUUUCCGAUUCAGUACCCGCAAAUCUGGGAGAUGUACAAGAAAGCCGAGGCCUCAUUUUGGACCGCCGAGGAGGUUGAUUUGUCAUCGGAUCUCCGUCACUGGGAAACCCUAACCCCCGACGAGAAACACUUUAUUACGCACGUUCUGGCUUUCUUCACUGCCUCCGAUGGCAUCGUUCUUGAAAACCUCGCCGGCAGGUUCAUGAAGGAGGUUCAAGUCGCUGAGGCGCGUGCCUUCUAUGGCUUCCAAAUUGCGAUUGAGAACAUCCACUCGGAAAUGUAUUCGCUCCUUCUUGAAACUUACAUUAAAGACUUCGCAGAAAAGACCCGUUUGUUUCACGCAAUUGAAACAGUGCCAUGUGUGGCAAAAAAGGCCAAAUGGGCGUUAAAUUGGAUCGACGGUUCGGAGAGUUUCGCCGAGCGCUUAGUGGCGUUUGCUUGCGUGGAAGGGAUUUUUUUCUCGGGGAGUUUUUGCUCAAUAUUUUGGCUUAAAAAACGCGGGUUAAUGCCGGGAUUAACUUAUUCAAACGAGUUGAUCUCGCGAGACGAGGGACUGCACUGUGACUUCGCGUGCUUGUUGUACAGUUUGUUGCGAACAAAGUUAAGUAAGGAGCGUGUGAGGAGAAUUGUUAAGGAGGCGGUGGAGAUAGAGAGGGAGUUUGUGUGCGACGCGCUGCCGUGUGCGCUGGUGGGGAUGAACGGGGGAUUGAUGAGUCAAUACAUCCAGUUUGUUGCAGAUGGAUUGUUGGGUGCGCUUGGGUACGGAAAGUUGUACGGUGUGGCAAAUCCUUUUGAUUGGAUGGAGGUGAUUUCCCUUCAGGGGAAGACCAAUUUCUUCGAGAAGAGAGUCGGAGAAUAUCAGAAGGCUUCGGUUAUGUCAAGUGUUAAUGGAAAUGGGGCAAUCCACGUAUUCAAAAUGGAUGAGGACUUUUAGAAGAUAUUUAAUUUAAGUAAUAUUUUAUUAUUAAAAUAAAAAAAUUA